UUCCAGAUUGAAAUUAUCCGUCAAAACGUGAAACAACGUUGUUUUAUUUGUUCGAGAAUUCCUGAAUAGGAUUCGGUGCUUUGAUGACUUACAGCUAUUCCUGCUAUUAUUCCGUGAUAAAAUUCCAACAUAGGCACUGACUUGGUCACAUCCUAUGCCUAUAACAACCAAAAUGAUUAAUGAUAAUGCUAAACGGAAUCAGACAAAAAUCAUAUGAUUGCUGCCGGAUAGAUAGAUUGAUAUCAGUUUGGUGGUGCAGCCAUGACAUGCAUCAUUAUUUUAUUCCUAACAACGUUUUAUCCACAGUUGAGGGCAUUAAGAAUGAACGAUUAUCCAUGGACAUAUGAUAAUGACCUUUUCGGAGGACCCGACUUCUGGGGUUUAUUGAGCAAAAAAUGGCAGAUGUGUGCGAAAGGGAAAAUGCAGUCGCCAAUAAACAUCAAACCUGCAUCGAUCUUAUUCGAUCCUCGACUAAGUGACAUUAAAAUAGAUCAAGUGCCGGUAACAGCUGAAAUGAUAAACAUAGGUCAAAUGCCACGAUUGCGAGUACUUUAUGACGUUCAUUCCUCUUCAAUAAACAUUACCGGUGGACCGUUGCAUCCUUAUAAGUACCGCUUACAAAGGGUCGAUUUUCAUUAUUCAAAUGAUGAUAUGACAGGUUCGGAACAUGCUAUCAAUUCAAGAAGCUUCCCUAUGGAGAUUCAACUGAUAACAUAUAACAUCGAUUUGUAUGCAAAUUUUACAACAGCUUUGACGUUGCCACGUGGAAUCGCCGCUGUUUCGAUCAUCGUUCUAAUUGAUGAACACACUAACGAAGAGCUGUUGAAGAUCACCAAAUCUGUUGAAAAAGUUCCUUUCAAAAAGAAGCGAAUCGCACUGCAUGAAUUGAAAGUAUGGAAAUUAUUCCCAUCUUUAAUAGACUAUGUGACAUACGAAGGAUCAAUGACGUCACCAGGAUGUUAUGAAACAGUCACCUGGAUCAUACUUAAUCAUGCAAUUCAUAUCACUCGGACAAAUUUAAACAAAUGGAGAAAAUUACAACGGACCAUCACGGAAGAAAAAGAGCCUCAGUUUGUGGCUCCCAAUUUCAGGCCAUUGCAACAUUCCUACGGCCGUUUAAUUCGAACUAACAUUAUCAGCAAAAAUGUCAGCAUGGAGUGCAAACGUCAUAUUAUGGUUUCACGAUAUCGCUCAAAUUUGGGACGAAGUUGA